CCCGAAUUCCCAAUUCCGCGGCCUCCUCCCACCGGAGCAAGCUCGCCGCCGCCAAGGACGCCUUCCCCGCUCCCCCACUUCCCGCCGGAGCAGCGCGGACUGGAGAUCCGUCCGCCCGUGCCGACCCCAUCUGCUGGGCUGGUCAGACUCCGCCGCUCCAUAUACGGAGGACAUAUAAAAGAACAAAGGUGAAAAUCCUGCCUUAUUGUAAUUUAGGGGGUGAAAGGAAUAGAGGACUAGAGGAGAGGCUACAGUAAUGGGAAAGGGAGAUGUGGCUACUAGAGCCAAAUCUCAGAAAUCUUCGGCAACACAGAAUGAACAGAGUACACCUACUAAUCCUCCUACGGCAUAUCCUGACUGGUCUCAGUUUCAGGCAUACUAUAAUGUCCCUGGUACGGCACCAAUGACCCCACCAGCUUAUUUUCACUCAACCGUGGCUCCAAAUCAUCAGGGGCAUCCUUAUAUGUGGGGUCCACAGAUGAUGCCUCCUUAUGGGACACCACCAUAUGCAGCGAUGUAUGCCCAAGGCACACCAUAUCAGCAGGCACAUAUGCCACCGGGUUCACACCCAUAUAGCCCAUAUCCUGUUCAAGCACCAAAUGGGACAGUUCAAACUCCUACACCUGGUGCUGGCGGGUCAGAGACAGAUAAGUCAAACAAAAAUAAGCGGAAGACUCCACUGAAGAGAUCCAAGGGAAGCGUAGGUAGUCUGGAUGUAGCUAUAGUGAAAAGUAUAACGCCACCUGCAAAACCUUUAGCGUCAUCCUCCAAUGAAGGUUCUUCACAAAGUGAGAGUGGAAGCGGAAGCUAUUCUGAAGGAAGCAGUACGAAUUCUAAAAGUGGUUCACGGACAAAGGAUGGUUCUGAGCAUGGCCAGGCUAAUGAUGCUAGCAGUAAAGGAGUCACUGCUCAGGGCGCUGCGGCUGAGCCGACACAAGCAUCCUCUGGGCCAGUUGUGGUUAACCCUAUGAUGCCAUAUUGGCCUGUCACUCCUCCCAUGGCUGGCCCAGCAACUGGUGUAAACAUGGGAAUGGAUUACUGGGGUGCUCCUACUUCUGUAGCCGUGCAUGGCAAAGCUGUUGCCGCACCAACAUCAGCUCCUUCGUCAAAUUCGCGUGAUAUCGUUCUCAGUGAUCCAGCCAUACAGGAUGAGCGUGAAGUGAAAAGACAAAAACGAAAACAAUCAAACAGGGAAUCAGCUCGCCGCUCAAGAUUACGCAAGCAGGCUGAGUGGGAGGAAGUAGCCAAUCGGGCUGAUUUGCUAAAGCAAGAGAACAGUGCACUUAAAGAAGAACUGAAACAACUUCAGGGGAAGUGUGAUAGCUUGACCUCAGAAAAUACAACUUUACAUGAAAAGCUUAAAGAGCUUGAUGGUGAGAAAUCAAAUGGAAAUCUGUAAACCGUGAUGGCCGUGGCUUCACUUUCUGACUGCUGAUAUAUAUUGGAGGCGUCAUGAUAGGUCCGAUAAUUAGGAGGUACACUCAUGUAUGCUAUUAGAUUUUUGGCUGAGAUGGUAGGAUUGUAUCAUAGGAUUCAAGAUGAUGGCUACAGAUUCUUCUUCCAGUUGCCACAGCUGCUGUGUUUUUUUUUUCCUUCUUCUUUAUGUAAGAUGCUACUUUAGCAGUAUGCAAAGAUCCCCAGGUGAUGUUUGAAACUUUGGGGGAUUAGCUUAUAAGGUGCUUGUUGUAGAGCUGCUCGUUGAGCUGAACAGAUGCGUGCUAUAGUUACAAUUUAUGAUCUGUCGAUUCAGAUGUACUAAUCUGUAUGAUGUACUGAUUA